GUUGAACACACUCGAACAUCUUACGCACUGAAAUUGGACCAAUUUAAUUGUUAAAAAAGCUAACGUUAUAAGUUGUUGGAAGCUCGUCAGAUGCAAUCUCAGAUGUCAUAUGAUGCAGUGUGAUAUUCAAAUGUGGUGACAUUAUUUGACAGGAUUAGGACAACACAGAUCUAUGCCAAAUUUAGAUGAAAUGAUUGCAAUUAGAGGUAACAUUUCGAACGCCGGAGAUUAUCGAUCAAAUAUUUUAGAAGAACUUAUCCCCAUGGAAGAUAUAGAAUAUGAACAAAACAAGUUGAAAAAUUUAGUGUUUAACUUCCUUAAAAAAGGAAUCGUUACCAUCAUCGUGUUAAAUCUCGCUUAUUUAUUAAUCGACCCAAAACCAAUUUAUAAAUCUUUGGAGGCUUUAAUUCCAAAUUCGAAUUCAAAAUGCGUUAAUUAUUGGAAAGAAAGUUACACAAACGAGUUAAAAAUGAUUGAAAGUAAAUUGCGCCACUUGGAAUACCAAAUUGCAGCUAUGAAUAUGGAAUUUUCGAAUUUAUCUAAUUGGAGAAUUAACCACGAACAUGACGUUUUAAACGAAUUUAUAAAAACUAAAGAUGAUACGUUGGAAUACAUUUCAAAUUUGGAACAAAAAAUGGUUAACACUUUAAGUUUAUAUGAUGCUGAUAAAUUGGGCAUCAUCGAUUACGCUUUAGAAUCUGCCGGGGGUGUAGUAAUCUCCACCCCAAAUACAAUUCCUUACCCCUCAACAGUUACAUACGUCUUAAUGGGAAUGAUUCAAUUCUACACCACAAGCAGCCCUAAUUUAAUUAUACAACCAGGAACUUUACCAGGUCAAUGUUUCGCUUUUUACGGCCCCACCGGAAGCAUCCGCAUCAAAUUAGCCCGAAAUGUAUUAAUCACAUCCGUUACGCUAGAACACACCCAUCGAAAUCUCAUCUCAGAUAACACAAGUUGCCCGAGAGAUUUUAAAGUUUAUGGUUUAAAAUUUGAUGAAGAUGAAGUUAUUGAAAAAUCCGAUUUGGGGACGUUUACAUAUGUGUUAAAUGAUGAUUCGUUACAAAACUUUGAAGUUGAAAAUGAUUCCAUUGAAUCUUUUGAGUUAAUCGAGUUGAAUGUUUUGAAUAAUUAUGGAAAUAACGAGUAUACUUGUAUUUAUAGGUUUAGAGUGCAUGGGAGACCUAUAUAAUAUAAAUAAAUAAAGUUUUUGUUCAAUAA